AUGGAAACAAUGGAGCAAAAAUGCCAAAAUAAUGUCGAAAAGAAGGAGGGAGGCUUUGUCACCAUGCCUUUCAUCUUUGCAAAUGAAAUAUGUGAGAAAUUGGCUGUAGUUGGGUUUAGUACAAACAUGAUAAGCUACUUGACAAGCCAGCUACACUUACCUCUUACUAAGGCAGCCAAUACGCUCACAAAUUUUGGAGGGACAGCCGCCAUGACCCCUCUAAUCGGCGCCUUCUUAGCCGACUCCUUCGCCGGAAGGUUUUGGACCAUCACGAUUGCUUCCAUAAUUUACCAAUUAGGGAUGAUAAGCUUGACAACAUCAGCGGUGGUGCCAAAACUAAGACCACCACCUUGCAGCAACAACAGCAACAACAACAACAACAAAACGAACUUUUGCCAGGAAGCUGACUCGGGCCAGCUGGCAAUCCUCUACGUUUCGCUCCUACUGACGGCCCUGGGCUCGGGCGGCAUACUCUCGUUUGGGGCCGACCAGUUUGACGAAAACGACCCCAAGCAGAAAACGUCCACUUGGAAAUUCUUCAAUUGGUACUAUUUCUGCAUGGGGGCUUCCAUAUUGGUGGCCAACACGGUGAUCGUGUACGUUCAGGACAACAUCGGGUGGGGUUGGGGGUUAGGUAUACCCACCGUGGCCAUGGGCAUCUCGGUAAUUGCGUUCGUGUUCGGGUACCCUUUGUACCGGAAGCUCGACCCGGCGGGCAGCCCGUUUACCCGCCUGGCCCAGGUGUGCGUGGCCGCGUAUAAGAAGAGGAAGGUGGCCAUGCUUUCCGACCCCAAAUUGUUGUACGACAACGACCAACUCGAUGCGGCGAUUUCUUUGGGCGGCAAGCUUCUUCACACUAAGAGCAUCAAGUUCCUGGACAAGGCGGCCAUCGUGACCCCUGGAGACGACCCGAAAUCCCCUGACCCGUGGGCCCUCUCCACUGUCCACCGCGUGGAGGAGCUCAAGUCUGUCCUCCGCAUGGGCCCCAUCUGGGCCGCAGGCAUCCUUCUAAUCACCGCCUACGCCCAACAGAACACCUUCUCCCUCCAGCAGGCCAAGACCAUGGACCGCCACCUCACCCCCACCUUCCAAAUCCCACCCGCUUCCAUGUCCGUCUUCACCUACACCUCAAUGCUCGCCACCAUCCUCCUCUACGACCGCAUCUUCGCGCCCGAGAGCAUGCGCAGCACAGCCCCCGCCCUGUUCUGGCUCUCCAUUUCUGCCGGAAACUACACGAGCACGCUUUUGGUGACGUUGGUGCACAGGUUUAGCGAGUGGCUGCCCGACCGGAACUUGAAUCGAGGGAAGUUGGAGUAUCUGUAUUGGCUGAUUACGUUGCUGCAGUUUUUCAAUUUCAUUUAUUAUCUCAUCUGUGCCAAGUAUUAUACAUUUAAACCAGUUCAGGCUCGUGGGAGCCAAGGGGAUGAAGAGGUUGAGCUGAGUGGCCGAGGCUGA